AUGCGUGGAUCGUCUGAGUUUGUGGCUUACUUGGUGCUGUUGCUAGUCACGUCUGCCACGAUGGACGUCGGCGAGGACUACGAUUACCCAUACACAAACUUCUUCCCGGAGCUGUCGAAUCAGCUCUCGGGGCUGGACACCACUGACGCGGACCCCGACGAAAUUCAUGAGCUCCGGUGCGCCGACUGCAAGGCCGUACCGAAGUUAGCCACGGUCCGGGACGACGACAGCUUGCUGUUCAGGUCCACGACACUGUCGCCGAUUGUCGCAUGGAUAAACGCGAGCGGGGCGGACCGAAGGUCGGAGAAAACGACGGUCGUUAAGAAACGCGGUGGUGUACCUUGGCCUUACGCUUCAGACUCCAAUCGUAGGCACUUGUAG